GUUCCACGAUGUGAAAGUCGCUUGGACAGUUUAGAUGUUUUUAUUCUGGAUCUUGGUUUGACUAUUUAUCAGUGGAACGGUAAAGGCAGCAACAAAGACGAGAGAAUGAAGGCCAUGCAGUACAUCCUUAAACUAAAAGACGAGCGGAACGGGAAAGCCCGUUCAGAAGUUCUGGAUGACGGGUUAUUAUCAAAGGACCACGAGUUUUACCAUGCCUUGACAGAAGACGAUGUUCCAGAUGAAGCAGAGAACAUGAAGCCGAAAGAUUUGACAGUGGAACUCUUCAGAUUGUCUGAUGCCUCGGGAAAUCUGACAUUUAAAGUAGAGAAGAGUGGGUCAGUAUCCACGUCUGAUUUGGACAGCAAGGAUGUGUUUAUUGUUGACACCAAGAAAGCUGUCUUCGUCUGGAUUGGAUUGGAAACCUCUGUUGCUGAGAGAAAGAAUGCAAUGACUUAUGCCCAUAAAUAUCUACAGAAAACUGACCAUCCACUUCUGAGUGUCUCCUGUCUGUUUGAAGGAAAACAUGACAGACAGAUCAGGAUGGCUCUCAGCGUCUAGUUACCCGAGGACAAAGGCCGAGGCUUAUCUAAUCCAUUGAUUAAUAUUUUACACCGAGAGAUGACAGUUUCUGAUUUGAAAGAAACUUUUAUUAUGUUGUUUUGAUAUCAGAUAUAAUCGUAGUUUAAAUGUUUUGAUGUAGGUUUUAGCAAUACAUAGUUUUCUAUCCAAUGAGAUGGAUUUCUUAUCCAAAGAUAUAGCUAUAAUUUAGAUUUAGCA